CGAGCCUCGAGCAACUGUACCGGUGGCUGGAGGCUGGUACGGUGUAGCUUCGCCAGGCAUGCUGCAUGCACUCUUUUUGCCACGGUUCCGUGUUGCAUCGACAGCCCAGAGGUCUUUCGUCGCAAAGCUAAAGAGGCGAAGAGGCAUUCCUAGCUAGGAAUCGACAUCCUUAUCUUGCUGCUAUCCAUACUCUCGCUUGCUUCGAUUUUUUCUGAAAGCUUAAUGAUGAUCUUUCGAGGAGGAGUAUUCAGCCUCGGUUACAUGCUGUUGGUUACCUUGUUCCCGACGAUCAACAAGGCACUGGCAAAUGAACUGGCAACCAUGCCAGAAACCCCCAACCUUGGGGAUCCAAUUCUGUCAGGCUAUCACUUUCGCAUUACAGUAGUUGAACAGCUUGGAUAUGUGGACAUUGAGACAGACAAGGAAACAGGAGAGCUCUCCUUUUCGGGAUAUUUGGUUGAUGUCUUGAAAGAGGUAUCCAAAGAGCACCGCGGCAAUUUUACGUAUGAAUUGGCAACUCCUAGUGGCUUUGGGUCCAAGUGUGAAGGCCGCCUCAACUGGACCAAAGGAGAGGGGUUCAACUCAACGACCGAAGUCUUGGACCAUCCUGAAUCAUAUGGAAUUCCGUUUCAAGCGCAGUACAAGUGCGGAGAGAGCGACGUCAAUGAUCGCCCGCUCUCUGCGUAUUCCACAGAUAUGUACUGGAGUCUCUACUAUAUUACUCCAGAACGUCUCAAGGUGAACCGAUUCACAGUGCCUUACAAACCUCCAGGCAAGGGAACUCUAGGAAUGAUGGGCACUGCCACAUACAUUUAUUCGUUUGAUGAUCUGGUUGCAAACCACUCGGACCGCCCCAUCUGUGCCUUUGCCAACACAGCCUAUGUUGACUCAUUACGAAUGACUUUUCCUGAGCUUACCAUCAACCUGGUCCACAAACCCGAGGGAAUUCACAAAGCGCUGUCAGAUGGCACGUGUGACAUUUUUGUUGGUGCCUAUGCAGAGCUAAGCGAUAUGGUCAGGGUUUACAGUGAAACAGGCAGGUGCCAAGCCCAUGGAUUGCCCAUUGGAAUGAUUGGAGAGCCUAUGGAAUUUGGAUUGAACUACUUCAGUAUUGGAGUUCGAACAGACCUCCCAAAUGAAGUACUGGAUACAUUGAACUAUUGGCUUUUGGCUCUCAUGGCAUGUUUCCCUGCUGACCCAGAGGGCAUUUGUUUUGAAGAUGGUGAUGGAGGAAGCCUUAGUCAGCUCUAUGAUGGCCGAGGUGGCACUGGAUUUGAAUGUGGUUAUGUCCAGUUUCCAGUAUUGGAAAGUGCCGGAGGCCUGCAUCCUGGAGUCAUUGCUGCAAUUGUUGUUGUUCCAGUCAUCCUUGUGUUGCUAGGAUCCAUGGUAUACCACGUGUAUCAGCUAAAAGCACAGGAAAAACGAAUGAAGAAGCGGUUCAUUCAGCAGCUUGCUCGAAACAUCGAUAUCGGGGAGAGUGCUCGUGAAAUCCCAGCAGAUAAGCUGACGGAGGCUUUCAAGCAUAUUGGUGGUGAGGAUGGAUUGAUCAGCAAGCAGGACUUGGCCCAAUGGCUCAAUGAUCUACACAUGGACUUUUUGAGCGAAAGUGAUUUUGACCGAUUGUGGGAUACAAUGGACAUGGAGGGUCGAGGUGUAGUCGAACCUCUUGACUUCUUUGCAUUUUUGAGUGAAUGUGGGCCCCAGUUCAAGGAGGUACAUAUGGAGUACUCAUCACUGCCCAAGAUUGAACGACAAAAGUUGGCAUCACGACGCCUGUCCAACAUUAGUGCAAUGGGUGAGGAAGGAGUCAAACAAAUGGAACGGCGGAACAACCGAAGGAGUCGAUUGACUGUGCAAAACACGAGGGCCUCAGACAGCAAGUCUGGCAGAUCACUCUCAGGCUCUUGUUAGUUCUAUCAAUGCCCAAUCAACAAAUAGAGCCUCGUACUGGGACAAGCAAACCUCUGCUCUGUACCCAUUUCGACCGGCAGUCACACUGAAAACAUCCGGACCAACGAAACUGCAGUCAGAGAUCUCCCAGAAAGGAGGCACUCUCGGUCCCGCUAGCUAGACAUGGCAGCUGUAAGCGCUGGAUAUGACAAAUCAGACGCAAAUCAUGGCUUUGGUAACUAGAAGUUUGCUUAUACUUGCACGCUAGUAGCAGUCUUCAUUUUCCAGC